UUCCAGGAAACGAAAGCGAAAGAGGCAGUCAGACAGACCAAGCUGAGGAUGGCUGAAUCUGGUCCCUUUCCUCUGCUGGUAGAAGGGUCUUGGGGACCGGAUCCCCCGAAGAAUCUGAGCACUAAAUUGCAGCUGUACUUCCAGAGCUCCAAAAGAUCGGGAGGCGGAGAAUGCGAGAUCCGGCAGGAGCCAGGGAACCCACCCCGCUUCAAGGUGCUCUUCUUCCCCGACGACGUUCGACAGAGAGUCUUGGACAGAGACAACCAUGAGUUAGUAUGGCCUGGAAAAGGAACAUUCAAGUUAACUGUGAAGUUGCCCACAACCCCAAACAAAGUUCACAAUGUCCUUGAGGAGGACAUUCCAGUGAAGGAAUCCAAGACCCAAGUCCAUGCCAGAGAGCCAGAUGUGCCAGAAGAAACAGAUACAAAACCCUCCCUCAAUAGAAGAUCAGGAAAGAUGGAAGACAAAGGAACAGAAAGUAAAACUAUAUCUUCUUUGGUAGCAUUUGAAAAUCUCCAGGCAAAUGUGACUGAGUUGAUGAUAAUCUUGUUAGUGGAGAACACAAGUUAUCUGUCCAGUGACGACUUUGAAGUGGAAAUAAUUCGAGAUUUUGAUGUUGCCGUAGUUACCUUUCGAAAAUACAUAGAUAUCAUGAAAUUUGUUGCUGAUUGUGCCAAGGUCUCUGCUGAGAAACAACUUCAGCUUUCUCCAAGACCGCUGGAAGUCACAAGAACAAUCAGGGUGGAAAAUCUGCCACCUGGUGUUGAUGUCUGUGAAUUAAAACUUGUAUUUGAAAAUCCUGAUAAUGGAGGAGGAAGAGUUACCAAAGUUGAAUGUUUUCCUGAAGAGAGUUCUGCUCUGAUUGAAUUUUUGGACAGAGAAGUGGUUGACACCAUCAUGACCAAGCAACUUGAGCUGAAUAAAAUGCCACUCUCCGUGUUCCCAUACUACCACUCCUUGGGCACAGCCUUGUAUGGAAAGGAGAAGCCUCUGAUCAAGCUUCCAGCACCCUUCAGAGAAUCCUUGGACCUUCCCUUGUGGAAGUUCUUGCACAAGAAAAACCACCUGAUAGAGGAGAUAAAUGAUGAAGUGAGACGCUGUCACUGUGAGCUCACGUGGUCUGAACUUGACAGGGAAGUGACCAUCAGACCUGCACCCUCCUUGCUCCAUCAAGGAAGACAGAGAAUCAAGAGCUGGCAGAAAAAUGCUUCCUCAGCCUUCGCUCACAUCAGGUCUAAAUAUAAAGUCUCCUCAUUUAAGGUGCAGCCCAUUGUGUGGGACACCAUAAAAAGUGACUUAGAAGACAACAGUGUGCUGGUUGAGUUUGAUACACUGCUGGAGAUGGUCACUUUGGUGGGGAGAUCAGAGGAUGUACAAAAGAUGGAGCCACAACUGAUAGAAUUAAUAGAUAGAACCACUCAAAGAAUCGAAAGGGAACAACAAAGUCUGAAGGAAAAAUUGUCCCUUUCUCCAGGGAGAUUUUCUCUCUUGUGCCACAGUGGGGCAUUGGAACAUUUAUGCUCGGAAAACCCAGAGGUAGAGAUUUUCUAUGACGAACCCUCUCAGCACAUGAGCAUCAAAGGUCUCCCAGCAGAAGUGUAUAAGAUGAAGUGUGAAGUCCAGGAAAAGGUGCACACCAUGGCUCAGAAACACAUUGAGGUUCUCCCUGAGAUCUUCCAGUUUUUACAACAGGUAGACUCUGCAGAAUUCUCUAAGUCUCUUUUUAUAGCACAGAAAAUUCCUGCAAUUUAUGAGCUAAAGGGUCCAAAUGUUCUCUUAACCAGUUGUUCUCCUGAAGUCCUAUUAGAAGCUGAAAGUCAUAUCACCGGGGCCUUAAUUUAUCAGCGCAUAUGUGUUGAGGAUAGGGACUUUCUCAAUGGCAGGGAAUGGAAAGGAUUCACUUGCAGUUUGGAUGAUCAAUUUAAUUCUCCGUCAAAGACUGUCAUAAUCAGUGAGUUAACUUCAGAUGUCAAGUCUGAGGUCAUCGUGGCUGGCUGUGUGAAAGAAGUAAAUAAAAUCCAUGACUCACUUUUUGACUUUCUGGACAAAAAAAUGAUCAUAACAAGGAUAGUUGAAAUCAAGUCUUCCUUGAUUAUUGAAUAUUUAAGGACGGAAAAGAAGUCAUUCUGGCAAAAAUUAAGGAAAUCAAACAUGCAAGUAGAUUUCAUUCUAGACAAAAAUGAAAGAGUUAAAAAAGGAAUUUUACUAAAGGGUCCAAAGGUAGAAGUCCUGAAGGGAAUAGACUUCAUCUUGAAAGCCUGGGAUUCUCUUUGCAUUAAAAGUACCUGUAUUGAUCAACCAGGAGCCAGACAGAUAUUUCGGGAGAGAGAACGGUUUUAUACAUGUGAAGCCAAAAGGCUGUUUGGUUGUUUCAUCGAACUACAGGAGAAUGAAGGAAAGGAGGGAGGCGCCGAUGGGCAGAAACGCUUCUGUCGGGCAGACUUGGCCCCUGGAGUGUCCCUGGUUGUGCAGCAGGGAGACCUGGCAGGGUUUCCUGUGGAAGUGGUGGUGAAUGCAGCCAAUGAGGAGCUCAAGCUCAUCGGAGGCCUUGCUGCUGCUCUCUUAAAAGCAGGGGGCCCUGAGCUCCAAGCUGACUGUGACCAGAUAGUGAAGAGAACUGGCAAGAUCCUACCUGGCCGAGCCACCAUCUCCAAGCCAGGCAAGCUCCCGUACAGACACGUGAUCCAUGCAGUCGGGCCCCGGUGGAGUGCACAGGAGGCCCAGAGGUGUGUAUCUGAGUUGAAGAGCGCUGUGGAAGAAAGUCUUCGUUUGGCUGAAAAGCACAAUUGUCAGUCCAUCGCCAUUCCUGCUAUUAGUUCUGGAAUCUUUGGCUUUCCCCUGUCUCAGUGUGUGGAGACCAUCGUUUCAGCUGUCAAGGGGUUUUUCCAACACAAGUCAGAUGGAUGCACCUUGAAGGAAAUCUACCUGGUGGAUACAGCUGAGAAGACUGUGGAGGCCUUUGCCAGCGCUGUGACAGCUCUGUUUAAAGACACCCGACCUGAAGCUGAUGCCGCCUCCCUGCCCAGUGUGCCAGCAGCUGAACAGCCCGACUUGAGACAAGAUCAUGGGAAUGGACAAGUUCUCUUGACCCCAGAAGGCCUGAGCGUCCUGCUGGUGAAAGGAGAAGUGCAGAGUGCUGUGGCCGAGGUUGUUGUCAACUCCGUUCCCCGGGAUCUUGCUCUACAUAGAGGAGCCCUUUCUAAAGCCCUCUUGGGAACAGCUGGACCAAAACUCCAGGAGGAAUUGAACACAGCUGGACAAGCGGUGGCCGUGGGCGUGGGCACAGUUCUCCUCACCAGUGGCUACAACCUGCAGUGCCAGCAUGUGCUUCACGUGGUGGCUCCCAGCUGGAGCAAUAACAGCAUGUCUGCAUACAAGAGUAUGGAAGACUUAAUCAGGAAAUGUUUGGAGAUCUCUGAGAGCCUGUCCGUAAAAUCCAUUGCAUUUCCAGCCAUAGGAACAGGAAAUUUAGGCUUUCCUAAACCUGUUUUUGCCAGACUAAUCAUUUCAGAAGUGUUCAAGUUCAGUAGCAAAAAUCAAGCUACCUCCUUACAGGAGGUUCAGUUUCUGCUGCAUCCACAGGAUCAUGGAACUAUCCAGGCAUUUUCAGAUGAAUUUGCUCGAAGGGCUAAUGGAAAUUUGGACAGUGAUGCCAUUCUGAAGACAGAAGAUACACAAGGUGUCUAUGGGUCUGUGUCCAGCCCUCAGCAGGGAGUGCACACGAUGAAGAUCGGUCCCAUCACGUUCGAGGUGGCCACAGGAGAUAUCACCAAGGAAGAGGCAGAUGUGAUUGUCAAUUCAACAUCAAACACAUUUGAUCUCAAAGCAGGUGUCUCCAAAGCAAUUUUAGAAGGUGCUGGAAAAGAUGUAGAAACCCAAUGUCAACUUCAAGGUAAACAGGGCAAUAGUGAUUAUAUAAUCACUGACGGUGGUUUACUAAAGUGCAAGAAUAUUAUUCAUGUUGUUGGUGGAAAGGACGUCAAGAACUCUGUUACCUGUGUUUUGCGAGAGAGUGAAAACCGGAAUUACUCAUCCAUUUGCCUCCCGGCCAUUGGGACAGGAAGUGCUAAUCAAGACCCAGAUAAGGUUGCUGGAGCCAUCAUAGAUGCCAUUGAAGGUUUUGUCCAGAAAGGAUCUGUCCAGUCCUUGAAAAAAGUUAAAGUUGUUCUCUUCCUUCCACAAUUACUAAAGGUGUUUUAUGCCAACAUGAAAAAAAGAGAAGGCUCUCAGCCUCCCCCACAACAGUCUAUGAUAUCUAAAGUUGCAUCAUUUCUCCGAUUUUCAAGGCCGCCUCCCAAAAAGCAUCAUCCUUUGGCUCUGGAAAAGAAAAGAGAGACAGUCAUUUUUCAGGUGUGUGGUGAAAAAGCAGAAUGUGUGGAAAGAAGUUUGUCCUGGUUACAGGCUGAGCUUAAGAAGGAGCAGUGCUCUUACACCACUGAAGAUGAGUGUAUCAAAGACUUUAAAAAACAGGAGGCCCAGAAAUUGAACGAGCUACAGAAGAAAUUAAACAUUACCAUAUCCUUGAACUGCCAAAGACCUUUGAUUGAGGUCUUGGGAUUUAGCAGAGAUGUGACUGAGGCUAGAGAUGAAAUUGAGGCAAUGCUCAAGAGAGCAAGAUUGGCCAAAGAACAGGAAUCCCGGGCAGACUAUGUCCAUGAAUUUAUAGAGUGGCAAUAUAAUGACAAUAACACUUAUCACUGUUUUGACAAAAUGACCAGUCUGAAACUGGAGGAUGCAAGGAGAAUAAAUAGAAGUACAAUAGAUGUCAAAAUUAAUCAUCAGACCUACACAGUGAACUUGAACACGUACACUGCUACCAAUGUGAAUGGUCACACUGUGUCUGUUCGGCGCCUCGAUAAACCUAAAGUUGAGAUCCCUGCUCACUGGACUGACAUGAGGCAGCAGGAUUUCCUUGCGGUAAUUCUACAGCCUGAUCACCCAGAUUAUAAAUUUGUGGCAGACGCUUUUAAUCUGACCUGUGCAAACUUCAGGAUAGAGAAGAUUGAGAGAAUCCAGAAUCCAGAUCUCUGGAAUAGCUAUCAGAUAAAGAAGAAAAUCAUGGAUGCUAAGAACAACAAUGCUGUCAAUGAGAAGCUGCUCUUCCAUGGGACAGAUGCUGACUCAGUGCCACAUGUCAACCGCAAUGGCUUUAACCGCAGUUAUGCUGGGAAGAACGCUGUGGCAUAUGGAAAAGGAACCUAUUUUGCUGUCAAUGCCAAGUAUUCUGCCAAUGAUACAUACUCCAAACCAGACAGAAAUGGGAACAAGCAUAUGUAUUAUGUGCGAGUGCUCACUGGGCUCAGCACACCUGGAAAUUCAUCAUUAAUUGUACCUCCUCCCAAGGACCCCCAAAAUCCUACUGACCUGUAUGACACUGUCACAGAUAAUGUGCCAAAUCCCUCAUUGUUUGUGGUAUUUUAUGACUACCAGGCUUACCCGGAGUACCUCAUUACUUUCAAACGAUAACCUUUCAGAGUCCUUUGGAGAAAGUAUUAUUCACUGACAAUAAUAGAUUAAAACAGGUUUCAGCUUUUUUUCUCCAUUAACAGCUUUUUGAAAAUUAAAGGGUGCUUGUUUCUGAAAUCAUGCUAUUUCAGAUGAUAUUUCAUAAUGGAUGAACCUCUCUGGAGAGAACUAAAUUUGAGAAUUUAAGUCAGAUAAUUUAGUUACAAGUUUGUGUCCAAACAGUGAACAUCAGGUUUGCAGACAAAAGAACAGGAAGGGGAGCAUACUGUUAUACUACACCCUAAUGUGAGCUGAACCUUCCAACCCCCCUGUGGUGCCUGACUCAGGUGUGUAGCCCCAAACUCUUUAUCCCGCUUUUCACUGCAAGACAAACCUAUGAUAAAAUGCAAGUUAUCAGUUAAGCACCAUCAGAGGUUAACAGCAACCAUAAAAUACUACAAUUAUAGCAAUAAGUGUAAUAGAAUUUAUUGAAUGUGGGUUCCUUUUUUCCUCUCCCAAAUACCAUCUUGUAGGUGACACAUCGGAACUGUGGUUACCCAUGGGUAACUGAACCCAUAGAAAGCAAACUACGUGUCAGAAGGAGAACUGUUUUCUUCAUGUCAGGUGGUAAAGCGACGUCUGCAGCUGCUGCUGAGACACAGCUGGCGUCACGUCACUGCCGCUGGCGACUGAGUUAGGAAUAGGGGCUGCUACUUCCUCGCACCGGGAUUUAUGAUUGGCUCUUACACAUGGAAACGGGUGAUGGCACAUUUCUGGUGAUUUUAUAAAGACAGACAUUAGGAUACAGAAAUGAGUCUGGCUCAAUUUUUACCCCGAUCUGAUGCCUGGUGGUCAACGGUUGCACUGUAAAUGCUCCACAAACCAAGUAAGCAUGACAGAGCCUAGUCAGGCUGCCACCAAGAAGGGACAGUCUCUCCCGCUCCGUGGCUCACUGUUUCUGCCCCAACCUGAGCAGACUCCUUAGCAGCAAACGUCCUUCAGCAACUAGGGCAGGACAUGAGGAGCAGGCCCGGGCAGGGCUCUGGGCAGGAGAACAGUGUGGCCUGCAUGGUCCAGGGCAUAGAGGAGACGAGAGGAGCUCGGGGUGUGCCCAGAGCUGUGUGGCAGAGCCGCCUGCCCAGAUGGGUCCUUUCAUUGUCAAGCCCAACUCCACUCACUGUCUUAGUUCUGCCCAGUGAAGCCCGUGUGAUGAAGCCUCGGAAACCUUCAUUGCGAAACCCUUCUGCUAUGUGGAGAUUAAAUGGAUUCCGAGAUUAUUAAAUAGCACAUGCUCCUUGGCAGUCUAUCUGUGCAUGAUUUCAAAGUUCUGAGAACAUGUCAUUGAUUAAUACAGGGAUUCACAUGUGUAUAGGCUGGUAGAAAUAUUAAUAAAAACAAAAACUAACACUGACUACUGGCUUCCAAGGCUUCAAAAACAAACAUAUUGCUUAAAUAGAUGCCACCGCUUUUAAAAGUCUAAUUAAAAAUUUAAAAAGCAGUUAACAAUGGGAAAAUUAUUGCAAACUCUACCCAAUUUUUGAAGAGUAUGUAUUGAUUAGCUUUUGAUUUUAAGUGUAAGAUGGCAGAAGAAUAGAUACAGAAUUUAUAAAUUCAAACAAAAUAGCACAAGAAGGGGAAUA